AUGGCAACAUCACUGAAAGCGAGGAAAGGGGUGUUGACCAGGCAUUCAAAUAAUCUGUCCCGAAGUUUAGACAGAUACUCUACUUUGGGAGAUGAAGCAAACUUAGAAGACCGGGAAACUUGCAGAGCAGUCCUAGCCGAAAUUCAGAUAGCUGAGGUAGAAAUCAAAGCACUUCAAGGCACCUUUGAAAAUGCUCUUUUUGCAUUCACUGAUGCGAUAGAUAAUCUUAAAGAUCCACUGACUGAAGACGAAGAGGGGAAAGUCUCCGAAUAUAUCGAUAACGCUCAGGACCUUAUUGACAAGUCAGCUAGUUUGCUCUUGGAGCAUUGGACAUCUAAAACCACCCAUCUAAAGGACCAAAGGAAACUUCAUGACCAAUUGUCUGCAAUUACAACUCAGCUUGUGAGCAAAGGGGAAUCCCUCGAUAGUCCAUGGCUACUAUCGAAAAUACUUUCAAAAUUUACGGAAAACAUCCAGAGAAAUACACUCAAGGAAAAAGUUUCCUUACCCCCGCAUGAAAGGUGGACAUUGACAAAGCUCAUGACUACCUUUGGAUGUUGUCAUAAAACAGGAAGAAGAGAU